AAGUGCCACCACCACCUCAUAGAACACAGAAAACCUCCACUGAGACAUACCAUAAAAACUCAAACUGAUGACCUUUUCCACUUCCAUCAUCACUCACCAUCUUAUCUUCAUCCUCCUCCUACUCCUCCUCCAUGCUCCACCAUGUCCCGCUAGCGGCGGAUCAUGGUCCAUCCUCCUCCCAAGCAUUGGCAUCUCAGCCAUGCACAUGCAACUACUUCCCAAUGACCGUGUUGUUAUGUUUGAUCGCACUGACUUUGGCCCCUCUCAAAUCUCCCUUCCAAAAGGAAAAUGCCGCCACAACUCAACCGAUUGCUCUGCCCAUUCGGUUGAGUAUGAUGUUGCGUCCAAUUCCAUACGUCCACUUACUCUACGCACAGAUAUUUGGUGUUCCUCUGGAGCUUUAAUGCCAAACGGAAGAUUGACCCAAACCGGUGGCUGGAAUGAAGGUUUUCGUGUUGUGAGGAAUUAUAAACCAUGUGACAAAUGUGAUUGGCAAGAGAUACAAAAUGGGUUGGUCCAACCAAGAUGGUAUGCAACCAAUCAUAUAUUGCCUGACGGUCGCCAAAUUAUUAUUGGCGGUCGUCAGACAUUCGACUAUGAGUUUUAUCCUAAGAUGUCAGCGACCGAGAACCCUCACAGUUUACCUUUUCUUGUUCAAACAAAUGAUCCCAAUGUUGAAAAUAAUUUGUACCCAUUUGUAUUCCUCAUUCCUGAUGGAAAUUUGUUUAUUUUUGCAAACAACCGCGCAAUUUUAUUUGACUACUCAAAGAACCAAGUUGUGAGGACGUACCCAAGUAUGCCCGGUGGUCAACCAAGGAACUACCCAAGCACAGGCUCCGCGGUACUACUACCUUUGCGGAUAACAAAUGGGGUGGUAGAUACUGUGGAGGUUAUGAUUUGUGGGGGCGCGCCAAAAGGAGCUUUCACUAAUGCAUUAAAUGGGAAAUUUGAUAGAGCUUUGGAUACUUGUGGUCGGAUUAAAGUAUCCGAUCAAUAUCCAAAAUGGUUCAUGGAAACCAUGCCUUUGGCUAGAGUAGUAGGCGACAUGCUACUACUCCCAAAUGGCCAUGUAUUGCUCAUUAAUGGUGCGUCAGCUGGGUCCGCAGGGUGGGAGCUUGGGAGGAACCCUGUUCUAAACCCAGUAGUUUACGGUCCUGAGGACCCAGUUGGCUCUAGAUUUAAGGUGCAGAACCCAAGCACCAAACCUCGAGUUUAUCAUUCCACCGCGGUUUUGUUAAGAGAUGGCCGGGUUCUAGUUGGUGGAAGUAAUCCUCAUGACAAAUAUGUGUUCACCGACGUAAUUUACCCAACAGAAUUGAGCUUGGAAGCCUUUUCUCCUUCUUAUUUGGAUUCUAGUUUGGUCACAUUACGCCCCAACAUAAUCUUGCCAAAAACUAAUUCAAAGAUAAGAUAUGGUAAAGGGCUGGCUAUUAGAUUUACCGUGUCAGGCCCUGUGAAUCUGAAUUUGGUCUCAGUGACAAUGAUAUCACCCUCAUUUAACACACACUCGUUUUCCAUGAAUCAAAGGUUGUUGGUCCUUGACAGCAGCAACUCCACCAAGUCUGUCGGACAAUCUUACUAUACAGUCAAUGUGAUAGCGCCUCCAUCCGGUAAUAUUGCUCCGGCUGGUUAUUAUCUUCUGUUUGUGGUCCAUAAAGAGAUACCAAGUCCAGGUGUAUGGGUCCGAAUACAGUGAUUAAAAAUCUGCAGUUGGUCUGCAUUUAUUGCUUUUAUUUAUGAUUACUUAUUUCUAUCGUACCCCAUUUAUUAAGUGUAGAUAUAUUUCUUUCAUAAUUAUAACUUAAUAAACAUAUAAGAUCGAAGAUAGCUUCCUGUGUUAUUUCAUGUA